AUGGACCAAUACCUUGCCUAUCUCCCCCAGUCCGAGGGCUUCCUGCCCAAAUGGCUUUUCUUCCCUACACCUCUCCGAAAAUACACCUCCCUACUCUACAGUAAUGGCACGGUCCCCGCAACGCCGCUCUCCGGCCGCGUCUUCGGAACCUGGACCUUCCUCUCUGCAGUCAUUCGCAUGACCGCUGCUUACAACAUCACAAACUCUGUCGCGUAUGACCUUGGAAUGUGGACGUACGGCAUUGCGCUCUCGCACUUUAUCGGCGAGCUCGUCUUCGGCAAUGCCUCGCUCAAGGGCCGGUUCUUGAAUCCUUUGAUUGUUGCGUCGGGCUCGCUGGCUUGGAUGUUGACCCAGCGCGAGGCCUACCUGGGUUAA